UCCGAUCUUGCCAUCCUUACGCUUUCUCUCCGUGUCCGCCAUUACGCUUUUUUCGUUUUUAAUCGUUUAUUAGUUAAUUAAUUGAGGUUUUAUGAUCAAAUUUGUGAUUAAUAGUGUGUGUGAUAAUGCCGAAUCGAUACAAGUGCCUGAAAGUAGUGGGCAUCGGGUUUUCGCGAGUGUUUUUUAAUUGUGAGUGUUUUGGCGUCCCUAAAACUGAUAAAAGACGCCAUUUUUGCCGUUUUCUCUUUAAAAAACAAGUGUUUGGUUUUAAUAAAAUUGUUUUUGAUAGAUUUAAUUGAUUAAAUGUAGGUUUAUGAUGAUAUUCGUGAAGUAGACUCAGAUUAGUGCCGGGAGAUCUGACGGUUUCGCGUCGGGAUGUUGGGGGUUCUAAAGUACAGUUAUAUGUACAUACAUACACAGCUGUUAUGUACAGUUACAUGUAUGGUAUCUCCAAAGUACAGCAACAGCCGUACGUUAUGCGGCAGCUUCGCUCGGUACGCAGCCUGUAUGACGGAGGAAAUAACCGGCAAUUGGGGCUAUUAUGUGUACAUAUCGCUAACACUGGUUCCAGUCUAUUUGGCAUUUCGGCUCAUUAAGUCACUGGGCUGGCAGCUCUUCGUCAACAACUGAGCAAACAUCUGUCGGAGUCUGUUGGAGUCUGGAGUCUAGGAGGCAGGUGCAGUAGUGUGCCUGGAGAACUGAAGACCACAAGAGCCCAGCAGUCGAGUGCUAUAGACUUCGAGUGCUAAAAAUAAAAAAUAAAAAAUAAAUAACC